AUGGCGCGCCUGACUGUCGGUGUUUGCGCCGUAGCAUUCAAAGUUAACUUCCGGAGAACUGCCGCUGUGGGCGGGACAAGGAACACGAGCCAAUAUGUGGGGGAUGCGGAUCGGGUGACAGCUGGAAAACCUGGAGACUCCAAGCCUCUUGCUCCGUACCGGCUUUUCAAAGAGCAGAAGACCGCCCCCGGCCUAAUCCCAGCCACCCCCGCCCCCGCCGUUAAGACGCAGGUUUUUUCUUUGAAAUUUCUUCAAAUUGAGGGGACUCUGGGGGCCAAGGCCGUGGAACUGGUCGUCCCAAAUCGGAGAGAAAGAAUACUCUGUCCCAGUGCCCCCGGCUUCCCCGCACAUCUAAUCGGCCCUGUUCUUCGCCCUCGGGUCAUGAUUUACGCUGAAAACCGAGCCUCGUGCUCCUUGGAACAUGUCAUUGAGAAGGUCGAGGAGCCUGCCGCCGCCGUUCACGAUGCCGAUGAUGGUAAAAUAGUUGCGUACGCGACUUCAUCCUCCCGAUAUCCCCAGUGUCCCGGUGUGAGAGGUCUCGUGAGCGGCGCCUACGUCAUGAUAAUUCCACGCCCGGGCAGAAUGCCGGCAUUCGAUGCUAGUAGACUGCUGGAUAAAGCAAUUUUUGAGUUUUGUGGAGUUGCCCAUGCAAGUAUUGGAGAACUAGACCUGUACCGCCUCUCAGGGUUUGCUCCUUCGGAAUCCGAUGCUGUUCCCAUGAUGGUUAUUGUGGAGUUUUGGGAGCCAUCGAGGUUCCUUGGUGUUCAUUUCAUAGCCGAGGUCAACCUCGGCAGUAGCCCUGUUUCCGGGUUCCGACAUCGCGAGCCUGAAGACUGUCGACUGAGUCCGAUCUUCAGCAACUACAUAUGUUUCUUGAAUGAUUCCUACAUCUGGGUACUCUAUGAUUUGGACGUCCAACUUCUAUCACAAAAUGAGCAGAAUUGGGGGUUUUUGGAGACGAGUUCGAUCGCCAGUCCGUUCAAUGUUCAGUCUAGUGAGCGACCAUAUGAGUGCCAUGAUGCCGGGAUGUAUCAAGCAGUAGAACAUACAUAUGAGUGCAAACGCAGGGCAACGUCGUGUGAUGUGACAUACGAGUGCCCCGCUGAGGCUCAACUCAUCGAGAUGUUCCUGACUCUAUUGUCGUCAUGGGACAUCGGCAAGAUGCCAGGAAUCCAAUUCCGUGGACCCUGCUUGCAGACUUCCACUGGCGUCGAUCGUUUGCGGCUCUCCUUAAACCAGCUGCCAGUAUUCCGAUCUAUCCCCGCUUGGUUCUACUCAAAUCAACGAGCAUCAAGCGUUCAAGGCCACGGCACUUUGAAUGCUACUAUAUCACACAUGAGCGUGGAAAUAUUCCCAUUGUUUAGCUCUCGUAACAAGCACUUGGUGACCAGCACAACUAUCCACAACUGGGUCCAAUCUAGGUGUCAUUACAAAGCUGAGAUGAAGCGAAAGGUUACCAGCCUGUACUUCGUCACUAACGAGGUCCCGCCGCUUGGAUAUACGUCUGCCUCUAUCUCCGUACCAAGGCUUAGUCGACCUAUUUCACAGAAGUCUGCUAAUCUCAGUGAACUUAGCUGGUUUACGCUCAACUCCUUUACAGAUGCCCAGACCCACCCGUGCGGGUUCAAACAUUGA